UCCGUCCCAGGGUUACCUGUUAGUGCUUUUUGCCGAGCGUGUAUUGGCGGUGUUCAGGGCGAAUUCCUUGUUGAAUUUGGCCGAGCAGGUUUGGUAGACUCGUGGGUGCGUGCUUGUGUGGGCGUGGGUGCAGUGCGAGGGCGUGGGGCGUAGUGCGGGCAAGGGUGGCGACGCACGGCACGCAGCAACGUUUCUACCCCCCUCACCCCCGAAACACGCAGCAGCGGGGGCUGGGCGGCGUGUGUGUGCGCUGUUGUGUGCGAUGGUCCGCCGCGUGGGUCGUGCGCCGCUUUGCCCUGUCUGUGAACUGUGUGCAUGUCGUCCUCUGCGCUCAAGAUUCAUUGAUUGACGUGUGUGAGGAUUACACGGCACCCCGGGAGAGGCUAGGAGGCGCGCGGCAGCACGGUGAGAGUGAGUGAGAGAGGGAGAGACGGAGAGAGAGAGAGAGGGAGAGAGGAGGCAGAGAGAGGCGAGGUGUGCGCGGGAGAGAGGCGCGGGAGAGAGCCACCUCUAGCAGCAGCCAGCUACAGUCAGCCCGGGACCCGCCACUCACUGCCACCGCCUCUGCUGCUCCAGCCCGCCCCUGUGUGUUCUGUACGAGCAGUGUUGCUGCCUCCGCCCGAGCUGCUGCUGUGUCUUCACGUGCGGAGCGUUGAUGGCACGCGCGCACCCCGCCACCCCCGCCCUCCCGCCCUACCAGAGUGCCCGUGGUGGAUGAGGUGGAGAAGGUGUUGGAGGUAGGAGGGGCACCGCCCCCUGUGACAGGUGCCAGUGUCGGUGUGUGAGUGGCGGCGGCCACAUGGUGUAGUGGUGACAGUGCUGAGUGGCCCGGGCCGCACUUUAUGGUGGCCACAGAAGGCUGAACACAUCGCUAUAUGCCCAUCAAGACGGGUCGUCGCAAGCAGCCCGUCACCACGGGGUUGGGGGCCCCAGGGGACCAUGACGGCCUGCCCCCACCCCCGCACAUGAUGCCCGGCGCCGUAGGUCCUCAGGGUCCCCUCGGCGGGGACACCGCCCCCGUGGGGCCAGGGGGCAUGCCCCAUGGCCCUCAGGGUGGACCUGUAGGACUCGGCUCGCACCCGGGCCACGGGCCACCGGGAGGACCUGGUGGGUUCUUCCAUGGCCCGGGAGGGUCGAGCGGGCCAGGACCGGGUCCCGUUGGACCAGGUGGACCUGGAUCAGGACCCGGAGGUCCCGGAGGACCUGGACCCGGUGGUCCGGGCAUGCCAGGUCAUGGCAUGCCGAAUGGCCCUCAGGGACCUCCAGGUUCUGGUCCUGGUCCAGGAAUGAUGCCCGUUGGGCCUGGCCCCGGUGGCCCUGGCGGACCGGGUCCAGGGAUGCCCAUGCACGGGCCAGGAGGACCUCCAGGACCCAUGAAUCCGGCGUUUUUCAGACGACACACACCUUAUUUUGGCCAGCCAGACUACAGACUGUACGAGCUCAACAAACGGCUGCAACAGAGGUCUGAGGAGUCUGACAAUCUGUGGUGGGAUGCUUUUGCCACAGAGUUCUUUGAAGACGACGCCACUCUGACACUCACCUUCUGCCUUGAGGAUGGCCCUAAGAGAUACACUAUUGGAAGGACCCUGAUUCCUCGUUACUUUAGAAGUAUUUUUGAAGGUGGUGUAACAGAGCUCUACUAUUCCCUUAAACACCCAAAAGAAUCGUUCCACAACACGUCAAUAACUCUAGAUUGUGACCAGUGUACUAUGGUCACUCACCAUGGAAAACCUAUGUACACUAAGGUCUGUACAGAUGGUAGACUCAUUUUAGAGUUCACAUUUGAUGACCUAAUGCGCAUCAAGUCGUGGCAUUUUGCCGUCCGUGCCCACCGUGAGCUUAUCCCACGGUCUGUGGUGGCCAUGCACACGCAGCAGGACCCUGGCAUGGUGGAGACACUUGGCAAGAACAUCACACGGCAGGGCAUCACCAACCACACCCUAAACUACCUCAGGUUAUGUGUGAUUUUGGAGCCCAUGCAGGAGCUCAUGUCACGGCACAAAGCAUACGCACUUUCCCCUCGAGAUUGCCUCAAGACCACUUUGUUCCAAAAAUGGCAACGAAUGGUUGCACCACCAGGUGCAGCUAAUCAAGCAAAUGGUAAAAAUGGUGCCGAUGGAGAAACUCAGCGUGCGCCAAACAAAAGGCGGAAGCGGAAAGGCUCUCAGUCAGGUCAGAAUGCGACUGCAAACUCCACAGGCUCAGGGAAGAAAAGAUCCCCAGGACCGAACUUCAGCCUUGCCACCCAAGUCUCC